UUCGUUUCAGGGUCUUCUAGCCCACACCGCUGUAAAGGCCCAUUGUUAACUGUUUCAUCCCCAUCGGGAUCCAUAUAUAGCCUAGCCCUAGCCUAGACACAGCCCGCUGAUCCAAUAUCGCCAACCAAUAUCCAGUGUGGGUUGAAAUCGAAAUUCGGCUUGGACCUCCAUCCUCGAAUUUGGCAUGAAUUUGAAGAAUCACCAAGAAUGUUUAUUUUCACCAAAAAUCCACAUAUCAAGCCUUCCCCGUCCGUGUCUCCAUGUUCCCGAGAUGCUCAGACAGUAGCCUACCAUAUUCACGAAUCACAGCUCCCCGAAGUCACAUACAAUUGAUGAUCUCUUCGAUCGAACCUCGUAACGAUAAUAGUGCAGAAAUAACUCAAGAUCAGAGGAUUAAUAUCCUCAAUACUGAGACGUUACGUAAACAUGGUAAAUUAAAGCACCAACUUCCGACAUCAACUCCGCCGUGCAUGGUUCACUUGGCGGACACGAUUUUAGCUGGAUCAGGGGUAAUGAGAUUCUCUCCUUUCCUUGAAUAAUGCUAUUAGAACGACCUCCUUACACGGUAGAUUUGAUGCGAAUAUAUCUUUGAGCAUUUUAGUGGAUGCCAUUGUUCUUAAAUAGUUUUAAAGUUCUACCUUACUUCAUCUUUAAUCCAUUCUCUUUGAUUGGCACUCGUAUUGAUAUCCGUUCAAAUAUUUGGAGGCGUCGUACACGUGGAAGUCCCAGCUCAAAAGCAAACAUCAUAGCAACAUCCCAAUUCCACUCUCAAGAUAUCAUUCUUAAACACUUGAGUUACGACUAUUUCUCUUCAUUCAUACUUGACCCGAAUCAAAAAGCCAAAAUGUUCUUCUCACCCUUCAUCACUGGUCUUCUUCCAAUCUUAGCAGCCACUUCUACACAAAUCGAAACGCCUCAGCAUCCCAGCAUAUUCAUUCUCAGCGACCAUGCAUCCAGCACCUCAGCACUAGGAAACGCCCUACAAACUUUGGGCUACACACACAUCUCAUCAGAAACGUUGAAUAGUUCGUUACCACAACUCAGCACCCAUACAUUCACCGAACUCACCACAAAUGCUGCGUCAGCUGAACUUUUACUCCAAUACCCGAAUACCAAAUUCAUCGUUCCCGUUUCAUCGGCGUCGAAAGAGGAUCGUGGAACUGGUGUGGAAAGAAGACCAUGCGCCAACAGCUGGCUAACUCAUUUGGCUGCUUGGAGUAAACUACUAGCCGAACCCGCCUCAGAAAUUGACGCAAAGGAAGAAGCUGAAAGUGCUCAGUACGAAAAAUUAGAUUCCGUCAGAAAUUCAUUAGAAAGAGAAGGAAGACUAUUAGAAAUUAUUCUGGAUGAGCGAGAGAGCCACAGAGGCGAGAAGUGGUUGAGGUUAUGCAAGUUUUUGGAUUUGGGAUAUAGUGUAGUGGAGCGAUUGAAUUUGAAGGAAUUCCCUUCUUCGACGGGACAAGAGAGGAAAGUUUCGGGGAUGUGGAGGUUGGUCAUGCAGGGAAGUGGUGUUUGAAGAGAUGCAUGACUCUGGGAUUAUUUCUAGAGAUUCAAGAGCGGGAUGUGGUGGCAUUUAUGGGAAGACUAUGAAAUGGUCGCCUGGGAUAUAUAUGCCUCGGUGCAUCUCAUUGCUUAGCGUGGUAUGCGUUAAUAAGGAGAUAAAAACCAUGUGAUAGCUUGCUGUAGAUGCACUAGAGUACUUCCUCUUCACCAAUCCGCAGCUGCUAUCCUAUUGAGCAUCUCUUUCUAGUGGUAAAAAAUGCUCGAGAAAAGGGCCCUACGCGAUAGAUCUUGGUAUAGGGUGAAUGGGAGCAGAGAGCCUCACACUUAGAAUGAGUACUGCCUAAAACCCUGGCACAAAACAAAAUAGAUAGAUAUAGAGAUAGAUAGAGAGAUAUUAGACUAC